CCCGGUUCCCUCCCGAUGCCGGCGGGCCCGGGAGCCUCGCGGACGUGACGCCGCGGGCGGAAGUGACGUUUUCCCGCGGUUGGACGCGGGGCUCGGUUGCCGGGCGGGGGAGGGCUCGUCCGGUUUUUCUCAGGGGACGUUCAAAUUAUUUUUGUAACGGGAGUCGGGAGAGGACGGGGCGUGCCCCGACGUGCGCGCGUCCUCCUUCCCCGGCUCUUCGCCACCAUUCACUGGCUCCUGCCCUGGGGGGGAGUCAUGCCGCCCAAAACCCCCCGGAGAGCAGCCGCCGCCGCCGCCGCCGCCGCCGCCGCCGCCGCCGCCGCCGCCGCCGCCGCCGCUGCCGCCGCCGAACCCCCGCCGCCGCCGCCCCCUCCUGAGGAGGACCCCGAGCAGGACAGCGGCCCCGAAGACCUGCCUCUGCCCAGGCUUGUGUUUGAAGAAACCGAAGAACCUGAUUUUACUGCAUUAUGUCAGAAAUUAAAGAUACCAGAUCAUGUCAGAGAAAGAGCUUGGUUAACUUGGGAGAAAGUUUCGUCUGUGGAUGGAGUAUUGGAAGGUUAUGUUCAAAGGAAAAAGGAGCUAUGGGGAAUCUGUAUCUUUAUUGCAGCAGUUGACCUAGAUGAGAUGCCAUUCACUUUUACUGAGCUACAGAAAAACAUAGAAACCAGUGUCUGCAAAUUCUUUGAUUUACUAAAAGAAAUUGAUACCAGUACCAAAGUUGAUAAUGCUAUGUCAAGACUGUUAAAGAAGUAUAAUGUAUUGUGUGCACUCUACAGCAAAUUAGAAAGGACAUGUGAACUUAUAUAUUUGGCACAACCCAGCAGUUUGAUAUCUACUGAAAUAAACUCUGUGUUGGUGCUAAAAGUUUCUUGGAUCACAUUUUUACUAGCUAAAGGGGAAGUGUUACAAAUGGAGGAUGAUCUCGUCAUCUCAUUUCAGUUAAUGCUCUGUGUCCUUGACUAUUUUAUUAAACUCUCACCUCCUGCAUUGCUUAAAGAACCAUAUAAAACAGCUGUAAUACCUUUUAAUGGUUCACCUCGAACACCAAGGCGAGGUCAGAACAGGAGUGCACGGAUAGCAAAACAACUAGAAAAUGAUACAAGAAUUAUUGAAGUUCUCUGUAAAGAACAUGAAUGUAAUAUAGAUGAGGUGAAAAAUGUUUAUUUCAAAAAUUUCAUACCUUUUAUGAAUUCUCUUGGAAUUGUAGCUUCUAAUGGACUUCCAGAGGUGGAAAGUCUCUCUAAACAAUAUGAAGAGAUUUACCUUAAAAACAAAGAUCUUGAUGCAAGAUUAUUUCUAGAUCAUGAUAAAACUCUUCAGGCUGAUCCUGUAGACAGUUUUGAAAUGCAGAGAACACCCCGAAAAAGUAACUCUGAUGAAGAGAUGAAUGUGAUUCUUCCACAGACUCCAGUUAGGACUGUUAUGAAUACUAUCCAACAAUUAAUGAUGAUCUUAAAUUCAGCAAGUGAUCAACCAACAGAAAAUCUGAUUUCCUAUUUUAAUAACUGCACAGUGAAUCCAAAGGAAAGUAUCCUGAAAAGAGUGAAGGAUGUUGGAUACAUCUUUAAAGAGAAAUUUGCUAAAGCUGUAGGACAGGGAUGUAUGGAAAUUGGAUCACAGCGAUACAAACUUGGAGUCCGAUUGUAUUACCGAGUAAUGGAAUCCAUGCUUAAAUCAGAAGAAGAACGAUUAUCCAUUCAAAAUUUUAGCAAACUCCUGAAUGACAACAUCUUUCAUAUGUCUUUAUUGGCAUGCGCUCUUGAGGUUGUAAUGGCUACAUAUAGCAGAAGUACAUCUCAGAAUCUUGAUACUGGAACAGAUUUGUCCUUCCCAUGGAUUCUGAAUGUACUUAAUUUAAAAGCCUUUGAUUUUUACAAAGUGAUUGAAAGUUUUAUCAAAGCAGAAGCCAACUUGACCAGAGAAAUGAUAAAACAUUUAGAACGAUGUGAACAUCGAAUCAUGGAAUCACUUGCAUGGCUCUCUGAUUCACCUUUAUUUGAUCUGAUUAAACAAGCAAAAGACCGAGAAGGACCAGCUGAUCACCUUGAAUCUGCUUGUGCUCUCAACCUUCCUCUCCAGAGUAAUCACACUGCAGCAGAUAUGUAUCUUUCUCCUGUAAGAUCCCCAAAGAAAAAAGGAUCAACUAUACGUGUAAAUUCUACUGCAAACACAGAGGCACAAGCAACCUCAGCCUUCCAGACUCAGAAGCCAUUGAAAUCUACCUCCCUUUCACUUUUUUACAAGAAAGUGUACCGACUAGCAUAUCUUCGACUAAAUACCCUGUGUGCACGCCUGCUGUCUGACCACCCAGAACUAGAACACAUCAUCUGGACCCUUUUUCAGCACACACUGCAAAAUGAGUAUGAACUCAUGAAAGACAGGCAUUUGGAUCAGAUUAUGAUGUGUUCCAUGUAUGGCAUAUGCAAAGUGAAGAAUAUAGACCUUAAAUUCAAAAUCAUUGUAACGGCAUACAAGGAUCUUCCUCAUGCUGUUCAGGAGACAUUCAAACGUGUUUUGAUCAGAGAAGAGGAGUAUGAUUCCAUUAUAGUAUUCUAUAACUCGGUCUUCAUGCAGAGACUGAAAACAAAUAUUUUGCAGUAUGCUUCUACCAGGCCCCCUACCUUGUCACCAAUACCUCACAUUCCUCGAAGCCCUUACAAGUUUUCUAGUUCACCUUUACGGAUUCCUGGGGGGAACAUCUAUAUAUCACCCCUGAAGAAUCCAUAUAAAAUUUCAGAAGGUGUGCCAACGCCAACAAAAAUGACUCCAAGAUCAAGAAUCUUAGUAUCCAUUGGUGAAUCAUUUGGGACUUCUGAGAAGUUCCAGAAAAUAAAUCAGAUGGUGUGUAACAGCGACCGUGUGCUCAAAAGAAGUGCUGAAGGCAGCAACCCUCCUAAACCAUUGAAAAAACUACGCUUUGAUAUUGAAGGAUCAGAUGAAGCAGAUGGAAGUAAACAUCUCCCAGGGGAAUCCAAAUUUCAACAGAAACUGGCAGAAAUGACAUCUACCCGAACACGAAUGCAGAAGCAGAAAAUGAACGAUAGCAUGGAUACCUCAAACAGGGAAGAAAAAUGAGGGUCCUAUGACCCCCGUGGGCACCGAGUACACCUCUGGCCUCAUGGUCUCUCACAGAUCCCACUGUGUGACUCUCCCAGGUUCUGUUUACGGCCGCAUUGAAUACCUAUCUUCAGCUCUUCUGGUGGAUGUCCAGUGCGCACACGGGCUUGCGUGUGGUGUGCGUGCAGGGGAUUCCUAAGCCACUUGCAAUGUCGUAGUCGGUAGAAUAUACUUGUUAUUGCACAAGAUUAAAAAUCUUGUGUAAAUACUGCCAUUUAAAUUUGUAGUGGAUGUUUCCAUUUCCAAAGUAUAAUUGCUCUGCUCUACAAAUGGGGAGGAUGCCCUGGGAGUGGCGGUCCGAACAACCCAGGCCUAUUUGAGUACUUUGUCUUUUCUUGUGGCAUGUAUGUGAUGUUUGCUAUUAUUUUUAUUAAUUUAUAUUUAUAUAUUUUUUUUAAUUUAACACGAACGCCCUUAGAAUAUGUGUCCUGUCUUCCAAAUGCAAUUUGGCUGACUACUCCCCCUUCACCCAAAUGAUCCUGAACUCUUCUGCUAAAACAGAUAUUAGAAACUAGAAAAAAAAAAUCACUAAUUUUUACACAUUAGAUUUUAGUUUACUAAUGGAAUCUGAUGUACUGUGUGCUUGUUUUAUAAAUUUUAGUUUUUAAACACAAGCAGAAAACAAAGUAUAAACAAAUGAUGUUGUCAUACUACUGAUACAGAUUUCAUACCUCAGGACUUGUAAGAAUUUAUUGAUUCUUUUCUUCAUCCAACUCAUGCUUUAAAAAUGAGGGUUAUUAAUAGUACUCUUGGUUUUAAUACCAUUCAGAUCACUGAAUUCAGGAAGUAACCAUCUAGUACUUGGAAAAUCAAGUGUUCAGCUAGAGCUUUGCUAGAGAGGGCCCUAAGACAGUAUAUCCCAAGUGCACUUUCUAAUGUUUCUGGGUCCUGAAGAAUCAAGAUAUAAAACAAUUUCAUUCCACAAACAGACUGUUAACUAUAGGAGCCUUAAUUUUUCUUUCUUAGAGGUUUGUCUAAUUGCAUCUCAGCAAUUAUUCUGCCCUCCUAAAUUUGGGAAGGGGUGUUUUCUCUGGAAUUGUACAUGUCUUCCAUGUAUCUUUUGAACUGGCAGUUGUCUAUUUAUCUUUUAUUUUUUUAAGUCAGUAUGGUCUAACACUGGCAUAUUCAAAGCCACAUCAUUUCUACUCGAAAAUUGCAAGUAAUCAAAGGUCUUUGGGUUAGGCAUUCAUGUUUCUAUCUGGUUUUGUGCAAAAGCUUCAAAUGAAAACAGCUGUGUUAGAAAAAGAGGCGCUUUCCCCUGACACCUAAAGGUGUAUUUAAACUAUCUUGUGUGAUUAACUUAUUUAGAGAUGGUAUAAUUUAAAGUAGGUGAUAUUUAAGGUAGCAUCAGCUAGCUUUUAGGAAAAUCACUUUGUCUAAACUCAGAGUUCUUUUUAAAAAGAAAUCUGGUCUUGUUAGAAAAUGAAAUUUUAUUUUGUGCUCAGUUAAGUUUCAAACUUAUUUUUGGCAGUUAUAACAAGGCACUAGGAAGCUUUCUCCCAUUUCUUCAUUAAUUUUUGCAUGAAUAUCAUAAAAAUCAGUUAGCUUUUAGGUCAAGAGCUACCAUAUUUCUGGAUUUUUUGCUAAUGAAAGCUCAUGUUAGAGUUAGUGCCAGAAUUUUAAAAACUUCAGAGAUCCUGUAUUGAGAUUUCUUACAUAAGGCUUCAGAUACUGCUUUAUCGCUUUUUUGUAUUGGUUAAAACUGUACAUUUAAAAUUGCUAUGUUACUAUUUUCUACAGUUAAUAGUUUGUCUAUUUUAAAAUAAAUUAGUUGCUAAGAGUCUUAAUGGUCUGAUAUAUUCUUUGUAUCAAGUGCCUUAAUAUUCUCCUCUAUAUCUGAGUUCUCUCCUGGUGUCUCAUCCAUUCUUAACCUUUAAUUGGCUUCAUAUGCUGAUGAUCCCCAAAUUUAUUUCCCAGCCUGACCUCUUCAUGGAGGUCAGAGCCCUCAUAGCCAAGAGAACUCUUGAGUCUCACUCUCUUCCCUCAUCCCCUGAAUUCUCAAAAUAGAAACCAAAAUCAAACAAAAGUACCUUGUUUCUGCCCUAGUCUUUCCCAAUUUUACCAACCACUUACUUGGUCAAGCCAAAACCCUAAGAUUAGUCAUUUACCUGCUUUUGUUGAGACCACUGUUUUAGACGUCUAACUGGUCUCCAUGUUCCCUCUUUCCUCUUUACCUUUCAGCUUAAGAGCAAAAAUGAUCCCUUUAAUAUAUAAAUGGAUUCACAUUGCUACUCAGGUAUUUAAACUCCUUACCAUGGCCUGGGAAGUGUCCUCUCUCUGCUUCUGCAUCCUCCUCUCAUGCUACUUUCUCCCUGCUCACUGUGCGUUAGCCAUGCUGACCUUUCCUCACAACCCUCUCCCUACCUCAGGCUUUUAUACUUGCUGUUCCUUCUGUCUGGAGUGCUCUUCCCCCAUACGUUUGCAUAGGUGCUUCCUUCCAGUCUUUCAGGGCUCAUCAGCUCAGAGGCCUGCCUUGACCACACAAGCUAAAACCCUUACUCUGUAUCAUCAUGUUACUCUCCUUCAAAAGUGUAACAGUGUUUAUCACCUUCAGAAAUUGCCUUAACAUGCCUAUUUUUUUUUCAGAUAGAAUUAUAAGGCUUAUUUAUUAAAUAUGUCUCAAAGGAUACAUUCAUAAAACAGAAAUUGCAUUCAUGAUUCUGCAGAAAGGACUUUCACAUUCAUUGAUUAAUUCAACAAUUUUUGAGCACAUACUCUAUGGUAAUUAUUUUAGAUGAACAUACAUUAGACUUCCAAAUAGCUCAUUCUUUUUGCCAAUAUUAGGCAUUAAUCUUUCUUGAACACUGGGUAUGGGCAUAACCAGCUGCUACCGCUAAUGUUAGAUCUGCCUUAACAUGCCUAUUGCCUGUCUACUCAUCCCUGCAUCAACCUCCCUCCUCAGAUGGGAAGCAUCACUUUGGCUGAUCUCAGAGCUCUAGCACCUAGAAGAAGCCCCUAUGUAGUCAAAAAAAAAAAAAAAAAAAGAAUGUAUUUUGCAUAUUUUUCCAAGUAUAUGGAAACAAAUAAUAAAUAUUCUCUUCCUCUUUUAAUAUGUCAUGUACUGAGUACCUACCAUGUUCCAGGCACAGCUCUAAAUGCGAGGGAUACAGCAAUGGGUAAAUAAACCUAAGAUCCCUAUCUCUGUGGAGCUUCCCAUCUAAUUGUAGUUUCAGGGACAGGGAGCAAGUGAAUAAACAAUAGUGUGUCUGAUUGUAUUAAGUGCUGUGCAGAAAAACAUAUCAAGAAGGAUAAGGAGUGCUGAUCGGAAAGGAAUUUAAGAAUGUAAAAUAGGGUGGUCAGGGAGAGACUUCCUGAGAUGACCUUUGAGCAAAGCCUGGAAAAGGCCAGGGAGUAAGUCGUACAAUGACGGGAAAACAGCCCACAGAGCAGAAAAGCCAGUGCUUGGAGGUAGCAAUAUGCCUGUGUGCUUGAGGAAUGAUAAUAGCACAUCCGAGAAACAGAGACAGUUGUGAGACAAAGAGUGGGGAAGCAAGAAUCUGUUCAUCUCAUGCAAAGUGUGUGUGUGUGUAUAUAUAUAUUUUUUUUUUUAAAGAUUUUAUUUAUUUGACAGAGAGGGAGACAGCGAGAGAGGGAACACAAGCAGGGGGAGUGGGAGAGGGAGAAGCAGGCUUCCCGCAGAGCAGGGAGCCCGAUGUGGGGCUCGAUCCCAGGACCCUGGGAUCAUGACCUGAGCAGAAGGCAGACGCCCAACGACUGAGCCACCCAGACACCCUACAAAGUGUAUGUAUUAAAGGCCUUUCCUCCCAAACAUCCCAUAUAGAUAUAGAUAUCACGAGUCCACAGUCUUUUAUCUGCAAUUCUGAAAUCUAAAAAGCUUAAAAACCCAAGUGGUCUGUGUAUUUGGUGACAAAAGUCAACGUGCAUCAAAAGCGUAUCUAAACUGACAUAGAGCUGUUUACAGCCUUUAUCCCAUUUAGUAGGAAUAUUCUUGUUUCACUACAAAAAUAUUAAUACAUUGAUUUUGGGAAUCUAACCUAGGCCCUACUCAGGUAUUACAUAUUACGCGGUAUGUACCAUAGGUACUAAACUCCAAAAAAAAGUAUGAAACGUAUCUGGUACCAAGGGUGUCAGAUAAGGGAAUACCUCGAAUUUAAGUAAUAUGAUUUCUCAAAAACAGAGUGGAAAGUGAAAUUGUCUCCUCCCAGAACGGUAGCCUGUUUGUUUCUGAAGGAAGCAAAGCAAAGAGCUUAGGGCCGGAAAAGCAGCAAGCAUACCUCAGCGGACUGUAUUUUUGUUGGGUGGGGAUCUUACAUGAAAUGCAUCUCUUAGGGCAAGGCAAAAUCAAGCAGCCUUUAUGACACUACAAGUUUUUAGUCUGGAUGAUAGAAAAUUAAUCACUUCCAGAGAUUUAGCAUUCUAGCAGUUAAAGCUCUUUAUAGGAAAAAGGACAAGUUCAAAUUCAUUUAUUUAUUUACUCCUCAUUACAGUUUUCAGGUGCAAAUGGGAGAAAAACCCUAUCUACUAGUUCUAUGGCCAUCUGGAUGAUUUCAAAGAAACUUGCCCGUCAAAGCAUCUUUUUGUUCCUCAUUUUUGGGCUGGUGUCCAUGGCAUUAGUAAUGAUUCAUUCAGUAGAAUUUUCCUUUGGACUAAAUACGUAUUUUACAGGACAACAGGAAACUUUGCCUUUAGAAAUAACAAAUUUCUACCACAAGUAUAGCAUGUGAGAUAGAAAUAUAUCUUGGUAACGCAGUAUCCUGUCUGAACGGAAUUAAAACAAGCUCUUUUAAUAUGAAGCUGGGUAUUCUCGGGAAUCUUCUUCUGUGUUUGUUAUUUUGGGGGUAUACUUAUAUACUAGCGCUGGCAUAUAAGAUAAUGACAAUUUAAUAUGAAAGUUAAAUUUAUGCCACAGACCAACCUCACUUAUUUCCUCAACAGAAAAUGUCAUUUCAACAGAAUUGAGUGAGAGGAAAUCAGUAUGGUUUAUGUGUUUAUGCUUUGGCAAAGACUGAAUUAAAAAUAACAGGUAUGAUUUUUCAUUUUUCUUUGCAAUUUUCCCUCACCGUCUGUUGUAAUAUUAGCAUGGGGAGGGCUAAUAAGAUAGACCAAAGAAACCCAAAACAAAAAAGACAAGACUAUGUAGUUUAUCGUUGUUUCUUUUCAUUAUCACCGCUCAGGAAUCCUGCCUCUAAAUAGAAACCAUGUUUGGUCCAGAAUGACUGGCAAUUUCUUCAGGUCUCAGCUGAAGAACAUUAACCUUUAGGGGGUUUUUUUGGGUUUUUUUGUUUUUUUAAUAUUUUAUGUAUUUGACAGAGAGAGACACAGCGAGAGAGGGAACACAAGCAGGGGGAGUGGGAGAGGGAGAAGCAGGCUCUCCGUGGAGCAGGGAGCCCGAUGUGGGGCUCGAUCCCAGGACCCUGAGAUCAUGACCCGAGCCGAAGGCAGACGCCCAACGACUGAGCCACCCAGGCGCCCCCAUUAACCUUUAGUUUUAAAAAGCGUUAAAUGAUAUCUUCACAAACCUCUAUCAGCGGGUGACGGUAUUCCUAUAAAACCUUAACCCUUCUCUGUGUAAGCUGUAUUGGAAUUAUACCAGAAGCACUAAAUCAUUGAACUUCCUUGUGUGAGCAGAGAGGAAACAGAACUUGAGGAUAGAAAAACCUAAGAUGAAUUUAUGUAAGAUAAAGAAUUCGUUAAUCUCUGAUGCAGUGUCAUUAUGAUGAAAAAUGUACCUUUUCCCUCACGUAUCCCUAACUGAACAGCAAGGUUUCUGGGGCUCUACAAACACUCAUCUGUUAGAAAGAAAGUGUUGUGAUCCUUCAUAUAGGAGUGUUGAUGGCAAGCCUAUCCUCAAAGACCAUAGAGAAAGGAAUGUAUUCUUCAGGGAUGUAUCCAUGGGACUCAUCUGUCAUCUCUCAGCUGGCCUAAUUAGCCCUUUCUUGUGUGGAGUCCCAGAUUUUAAGGGUUAAAUAGUGGCUUUCAUACUUGGCUAAACAUCAAAAUUACUUGGGGAGUUUUUUAAAUAUACUGAAUUAGAAUCCUUAAAUCUGUAUUUUGUAAAAGUUCCAUAGAUCAUUCUAUUGUACUCAGAGAUAAGAAUGGAGAGAUAUAGCAGUGCAAAUCUACACAUAGCAAAGCUUAGAAAAUCUGGGUAAAAGUCCAUCCAGCCCUUUUGAGGAACUGGUACUCUGGAAGCAUGGCUAUUGACUCUGUGGUGUUCAGGAAAGGGCAGGCCAUUUCUCAUGCCUAAAUAACCUUAGCUGUUCCCUUUGAGUGUUCCAAUUUUUUUUCUAAAAUUUUAUUUAUUUAUUUGACAGCACGAGCAGGGGGAGGAGCAGGGGGAGAGGGAGAAGCAGACUCUCCACCAAGCAGGGAGCCCGAUGCGGGGCUUGAUCCCAAGACCCCGGAUCAUGACCUGAGGCGAAGGCAGAUGCUUAACCAACUGAGCCACCCAGACGCCCCGAGUGUUCCAAUUUUACGUGAAAUGAUUUUAUAAAAGAAAGAGGCAUCAAGAAGCUUCAGAAGACCCUGUCAGAAAUAGACAAGAAAGGAAGAGGUUUCGGAAGAGCUCAUGAGGAUGGAAAGGCAUCAGUCAGUGGCACAGGAGGCUGAGCGGGGCAGCGUCAGCAACGCAGCCUGCAGCUGUCCAACAGCCCGAGCGGAUAGCUGUGGCCAGUCCCACGUCGGAAUGUUUCUCUGGUAGAUAAAAUAGCACAUCUAGCAAAUAAUGAAAACAAAUGGUAUAUAUGGCUGACUUAAAAUAACAAAUAACUGAAUAAGACUACAUAAUUCUAAAAACAGGAUUCUGAUUUAGAACUAGAGACAUCCAGGCCACUUUGCCCCUACCAGCUAAGGUCUGCAAAAACAGAUAAAAAGGAACUAAGGAUUCAAAAGUGACCUCACCGGGGGGGGUUCUGGGUGGCCCAGUCAGUUAAGUGUCUGCCUUCGGCUCAGGUCAUGAUCCUGGGGUCCUGGGCUCGAACCCCAUGUGGUCAGGCUCCCUGCUUAGUGGGGAGUCUGUUUCUCCCUCUCCCUCUGCCUCUCCGCCCGCUUGUGCGUCCAUGGGUGCUCUCUUUCAAAUAAAAUCUUUAAAAAACAAAAACAAGGGACGCCUGGGUGGCUCAGUCGCUGAGCGUCUGCCUUCAGCUCAGGUCAUGGUCCCAGGGUCCUGGGAUCGAGCCCCCCGCAUCGGGCUCCCUGCUCCGAGGGAAGCCUGCUUCUCCCUCUCCUACCCCCCCCUGCUCGUGUUCCCUCUUUCGCUGUGUCUCUCUGUCAAAUAAAUAAAUGAAAUCUUUAAAAAAAUAAAAAACAAAAAACAAAAACACAAGUGACCUCACCAAUAAAGAGCAGUCACGUUUAAUAAUAUGAACAGUAAUUAUGUUAUGUGCCAUUUAUGUUUUAGGGUGGGCUUUGCUAUGAUACCUUAUCUGCGUAGCUGCUUCCAAAAAUAAGCUUUUAUCAAAUGGGUUUUUGUAAGUGAUGUCAGGUUGAUAUAAUUUUGCUGCUGCUUAGGGAUUAAAAAACCACACAUUUGUCCUAUUAUCUGCAAAUAAACACUUUAUUAUCAAAUAGUUCAGCAUCAGAACAAGGUUUCUAAUUCCAAAAGAGUUUUCUUUACAUAAUAUAUUGUGAAACACGUAUCAUAUUGUGAAACCACGUAUUAGAGGAAUCUGACACUACAUCCUACAUCCCGUUCCAGUUUCUCUCUUGCAGUUGGGUAACUUGUUUUGAUCUAAAAAGUAUAAAUUUAUCUCAUUCUUGUUAAUGCUGUCCAUGAAAUUUAAGUGUGAGAUCCUUUUCAGCUAGCACUUUAUAAUUAUUCUGUGCCAGGUUAAGAGAACUGUUUUAUAGGGACAUAAAAGUCAACUACAAGAGAAACGCGUAAUCAUUUUUACUUACACAGGCAAAUCUCUCUUAACACAAAAGGGAAAGACAUAAUGCAAUUAUGUAAGGCAGAUGAGCCCAGAAAUAACAUUCAUUCAGAGACAGGACUUCAUAUUCAAUAAUCCCAUAUGAGAAAUUAAUGACUCAGAGUAAGCAGAAAAUUAAAAUUAGCCCUUGGGACUCUGACAGUUAAUUGCCAAGGCUGUCUGUGGACUUUAAUUAAUGCUCAUAGUUAGUCACUAUGACUCAGAACCAGUUACCAGAAGAAUAUGAACCUCACUAGUUACAGGCUAUUUCAAAUUUGUUUUUGUGCAAGUUAUCCCUUCAUCCAGUAUCCCACAAAUAAAGCUGUUCUAAGGGCAUACUUCAGAUUUCUAAGAAAUUAACUGAGUGCCUACCGGGUAUGGAAGGCACCGUGCUGGAUGCUGACAAUAUGUUAUGACAGCAUUCCUUGUCAAGCUCUCUGUGUGAUACCAGCUUUUGGAAGAAUGAAAAUUUGGCUAGAAUAGCAUAUACUUAGACCAAUGUACCAAAAGUGUCCGACUUAAGUGACUCGAAAGAGGAAAUGGUAAAUAAGACGUUUCAGUUUUUUUCCCUUGGGCUUAGUCACAUCUGAUCAGAGCACUGACUGCUUUCUACCGGCAACUUCAGACUUGAGCUGAUGGCGCAGACGUCUGACCACUGCCUUCUUUUGACAGAAGGUGAGGAUCAAUUUUUAAAGGCUCCAACUCUGCUUGCUUUGCUGAUAAAGUUCUUGAGAAGAUCAUGGUCCAUUUCUGCAAAGCCUGAAGUCUGUGUUACUACAGUCAAAUGGUUUAUGCAAAACCUGAAGCAGAAUUCUUCUAAAUCCUAGGAAUAACAACAAAAAAUGUUUUAACAAAUUUGUAUAUCCCAAUGCAAUGCAACAUCGCAUGAAAACUCCUAAGACACAGGAAGGAAAAAGGAUUUGAGAGCCAAGAGGAAGAAAUGUUGGUAGAGCAAUACCUAAAGAACAGUUCUAAAACUGUGCAGCUAAUGUGAAUCUAUGCUUGUAAAAAUUUAAAUAACACAGAGUAAAAUAUCCAAGUUCCUCCAUGCCAGCCCACGCAAAGAAUCUUUUUCUUCUCAGAGAUAGGCACGAUGUGUAUGAAUUCUGUACCUUCCUCUUGAGACAGUAUUUGCAUUGUUCAUCCCGUUUGCAGUAUUUGUUAAAAUACUCCACUUUUAUAUUCUCCUGGAGGAGCUGAAAGGUUUCUGCCUGAAAAGGGUUUCCACUCUGUGUUAGGCAUACCCUCAGCACUAGGCGUAAGGUUGUGAGCGAAACAAGGUCCCUGCCAUUCCUCAAGGAGCUCACUUUCUAGAAGACAGAGGGCCGGAAGGUAACCACACAGAUAAUUCACAUAAAUAGGGACUAUGAGGAAGUCUUGAAAAUGAAGCCUAGUUCAGGUGGAAACACUGUGUGCCCACUACCUCAUCACUUGGGAGAGAGCCCGCCAGCCCCCAGGACUCCCCCCGUGACUUCAAGAAACUUGAGGAAAGACUGCAGAGGCGAUGCCUAGCCAUGAAGCAUUGUGCAUGUUUUCGGGCCCAAUAUAUGAUUAGGUUGAUGAAAGACAUUCACUAUGCUUUUAAAUGUGAAGGUUUCAAGGUGGGUUAAGAUUUUUUUUAAAUGUUAAGUGAAAAAAAUCCAGUUUAGAGAAAUCUACAUCAUGUGACCUAGGGAAAAACAGAAGGAGCUGUAUGAAAAUGUUAAUGUUCUCUGGCUGAUGAGUCAUCUUCUUCCUCCUUUUUAUGUUUUCCAAAUUUUCUUUAAUAAGCAUAUUUAUUUAUAUAAGCAGAAAAGAAGUUAUAAGCUUUUUUCUGCCCACCACUAAAUGUUCCUGUUUUUUGACCAAAGGAGAGGAUAUCCUAAUAACAGAAGGAAAUCGACUCCAAGAAGUAUGGCCUGCUUCCUAAAGAUUUAGCUCUAAGUCAGGUUUUCCUUUCUUUAUUAUCAAAACAAUACACGGUCACUGUAGAAAGUUCAGAAAAAAAACAAGCAAAGAUAGGAAAUAAAAAUCAUCCAUAAUCCCACCAUUCAAAGAUGGCCUUUGACAGUCUUUUUUCUCUAUGUCGAUAAUGAAUCUCAGUCUUUUUAAAUUCAGCUACUUAUAAUAAAAAACAAAAAUAGGGGCAUCAUUUUUCAAUUAAUACACUGUGAGUAGCUAUAUAAUUUCAUAGUAUUAACAUUCUACAGUUGAAACAAUCCUCCACUGUUCCUGUUGGCUUUUUCUAAUUUUUCAAAAUUAUAAACAGUGCUGCAAUAAACAUCUUUGAAGCUAA